AUGAGUGGUCGCGACGGAUACCGCAUCAUACGGAUAUCUGGGAAAACUAACGAGAUAGUAAAAAUGUCAUCGGAACUCUGUCCAGUCUAUGCCCCUUUCUUCGGGGCCAUGGGCUGCACCGCCGCUAUCGUCUUCACGUGUAUCGGUGCCUCCUACGGUACCUCAAAGUCGGGUGUCGGUAUCAGCGCCAUGGGCGUCCUUCGGCCCGAUCUGAUGAUGAAAUGUAUUAUCCCUGUCGUCAUGGCUGGUAUUAUCGCAGUAAACGGACUUGUCGUUUCCGUUCUGAUCUCCGGAUCACUGCAAUCCCCGAUGCCUCUCUACCAAGGAUUUGUCCAACUCGGUGCCGGUCUGUCGGUCGGUCUAGCUGGUCUCUCUGCCGGCUUUGCCAUCGGCAUCGUCGGUGACGCUGGUGUCCGUGGCACAGCUCAACAACCCCGUUUGUUUGUCGGGAUGGUGUUAAUUCUCAUUUUUGCUGAAGUAUUGGGUCUUUACGGGCUGAUUGUUGCAUUGAUUCUCAACACCCGAGGCUCUCAGCACCCUCCAUGUUAA